AUGUCUCUCGGAAAGAAAGUCACUCUCAACUCCGGUCACCAGAUCCCCCAGCUGGGCUUUGGUACCUGGCAAUCCGCCCCUGGCCAGGUCGGCGAGGCUGUUUAUGAGGCCUUGAAGGCCGGUUACCGCCACCUGGAUUUGGCCACCAUCUACCAGAACCAGCGCGAGGUUGCCGAGGGUAUCAAGCGUGCCUACAAGGAUGUUCCUGGUCUGAAGCGUGAGGACCUUUUCAUCACCUCCAAGUUGUGGAACAGCCAGCACCGCCCGGAAGUUGUGGAGGCUUCCCUCGAUGAGUGUCUUGCCGAGCUGGAGCUGGACUACCUUGAUCUAUACCUUGUUCACUGGCCCGUGGCCUUCCAGAAGGGUGACUCAUACUUCCCCCUCGUUGCCAACAGCAACGUUGAGGGUGGUGACGUGGUAAUUGACGAUGGCGUCUCUAUUGUGGAUACCUGGAAAGCUAUGACCCAGCUCCCCAAGAGCAAGGCUCGCUCCGUCGGUGUCUCUAACCACACGAUUGAACAUCUUGAGGCUAUCAUCAACGGAACCGGUGUUGUUCCCGCUGCGAACCAGAUUGAGCGCCACCCCGUCCUCCAGAGCAACGACUUGAUCGAGUAUUGUCAGAAGAAGGGCAUCCACGUCACUGCUUACUCGGCUUUCGGUAACAACAUGCUUGGCAUUCCCCUUCUUAUCACCCGCCCUGAGGUCAAGGAGGUUGCCGAGUCAGUCUCGAAGCGCACUGGUCAGGAAGUCAGCCCUGCUCAUGUCAUCCUCGCAUGGUCCCAAGUUGGCGGCCACAGUGUCAUUCCCAAGUCGGUCACCCCGUCACGCAUCCGUGACAACUUCAAGGAAGUGGAGCUCACCCCUGAGGAGGUUCAGAAGGUCAGCUCUUUGGGCCAGAACCGCAGACGCUACAACACUCCUUUCACUGCUAACAAGCCUCGUUGGAAUAUUGACAUCUUCGGUGAGCCUGAAGAGAAGGCUGCCGGCCACAAGGUCAUCGUUUAA